AUGGAGCUGAACAGACUGCUCCUCUUCACAUCCUUUCUCCUGCACAUGGAAGAAGGCCAUGCCAGCCCAACACGGCUGGUCUGUGACAACAGACUCAUCCAGAAGUACAUUGGGGAGGCCAAGGACAUGGAAAAGAGACUGGGCCAGUGCCAGGUGAUGCCUGCACUCAGCUGUCCUGCAGUGCUGCCCUUGGUGGACUUCAACCUCCAGCAGUGGAAAUCCAAAUCGAACGAGACCAAGCGGCGGGAGAUUCUGUGUGACCUGGCACUGUUGGUGGGUGCUACGGCAGGCGCCCAGGGCCAAGUGACUGAGCCAUGCGGGGCCAGGCAGCUGAGCCAGCUCUACCAACACGCCAACACCUUCCUUCUGCUCCUGCAGACCUUCGGCUGGGAGGCAGGACCCUGGGAGUCAGGCUGCUCCCCGCGCUCCAUGGAGCAGACCCACAUCACUGGCAUCUUCCUCACUUACCGGCAGCUGGUGCAGGGCAAGCUGCGCUUCUUCUUCCAUGACCUGGCCAAGGACUUGUGCAAGCAAGGCCAGGCAGGUGGCACAGACCCUCAGUGCGGGUCCCGGUGA